UAUACGGCGCAGCGCCUAUGGCGGUCAAAAAGCGCCAGAAGGCUCUUUCUAGUGGACGGCCUCCUAUCAGCAAGAAGAACCUUGAAGGAGGAUCAUUGAGUGCAAAGGCAACGAGAAAUAUCAUCCGUACCCAUCAUCGGCUUCACAAGGAACACGCAGCAGCCUUAAAGAGGGGAGACAAAACUCUCGCUGCGCAUCUAGAAGACGCAAUUGAGGGGAAUGGUGGUCUAAAAGUCUACCAAGCGGCGAGCAAGCAAGGCCAAUCCAAAUCCCGCGGAGGCGACUCGAGCAAAAUCCUUGUGAACUGGCUCCAGCACAACGGUAUCAUCAAGAGCAACAUCCGCGUGCAGAAAGAUAGCAAAGAACCAAAAAAGGCACCCUACAGGUUGCUAGAGGUUGGAGCCCUGUCCAGUGAGAACGAAAUCUCUAAGUUCCCGGAUAUCAUUAAAGUUACGCGCAUCGAUCUCAACAGCCAGGGCCCCGGCAUCACGCAGCAAGAUUUCAUGAAACGGCCUUUGCCGGAAGCACCGGAGGAGUUUUUCGACAUCGUUUCUCUCUCCCUCGUGCUUAAUUACGUCCCCGACCCCGCACAACGAGGCGAGAUGCUGAAACGCAUCACCCAGUUCCUGCGUGCUCAGGAACAGCUGCAAUCACCAAGCCAGGCUCACAAUAUUUUCCCGGCUCUAUUCUUUGUUCUACCGCUACCUUGUGUGGCAAAUUCGAGGUACUUGGAUGAGAACAAAUUAGUACAGAUAAUGGGAAACCUAGGUUUUACAUUGCGAGAGCGGAAGAAUACUGCUAAGUUAUGCAAUUAUUUAUUCACGUUGAGUGGGAAGGGCAAUAGGUUCAAGUCUAAGAAAGAGAUGAUAGGCGAUUCUCGUACUAUGAAUAAUUUCUGCAUUGUGAUAGAUUGA